CUCCGCCGCAGCAGCUAUGUGUCACUCUCGCAGCUCUCUUCCCACCAUGACCGGCCUGCGGGCCCCGGCUUCGGGCCCCUCCACGAGUCCGGGAGUCCGGCGGGGCUCCGGCCCGGAGAUCUUCACCUUCGAUCCGCUGCCGGAGCCGGCGGCAGCCCCCGCCGCCCGCCUCAGCGCCCCUCGUGGGCACCGGAAGCGCAAUCGCCGGGUCCUCUACCCCCGAGUGGUGCGGCGCCAGCUGCCAACCGAGGAACCGAACCCAGCCAAAAGGCUCCUCUUUGUUCUGCUCACCAUCGUCUUCUGCCAGAUCCUGAUGGCCGAAGAGAGCGUCCCGGCGCCCCUUAUCGUGGAGGACGCCCCCAGCGCCGGGGUCCCCGAGUCCGUCCCCGCGCCCAUCCCUGCGCCCCCGGUCCUCGAGCCCUUUAACCUUACCCUGGAGCCUGCAGACUACGCUCUGGACCUCAGCACCUUUCUCCAGCAACACCCAGCUGCCUUCUAGCCGAGAAGAGAAGCCCCACCUCACCGCGAAGCAAUCGGGGGGGAAAAACAAACCAAAGAACACCAGGCACGGGUACCUGGUGCUCGAGAUCGUAUCCCAAACUGGGACUCCUAAAGGCAACUCGAACUCAGAACACACUACAGCGGAGAAAGACGCCAGCUGGUGCUGAGGGGGCGAAACCGGGGCACGGAUAAUAAGCCCGGCUAGGCCCAGUGGGAAAAGAGAGCGGCGUUGAUUUAUUUCUCAGUGCUCCUGCUUAAUAUUUAUAUGUAUUUAUGUAUGUCCUCCUAGGCCACGGAGGGAUGUAUGUAAUAUUUAUUUUAACUUAUGCGUGGAAGCGAGAUAGGCUUCCAUGCUGUGUAGAUGCACAUCUUGGUAUUUAUUGAGCUUUGUGGGCUUUCGGUGAAGGGCCGGGCGCCUGGAGCCGAGGCAGAAGUUGGGGGAGGACGCCCGGCUCAGGAGUCCGGCACGGUGGUGGGUCUUCGGAUUAGGGAGUGUUCUCCGGCCAAUCUCCAGCAUCUCGACUCCACGUUCUACCGUGGGAGGCUUCGACAGUCUAACGGGAAUAAAUAAGGUCUAUGGCCCAUCUCCUCGGAGCUACCUCUUAGGUAGAGGCGGCUGCAAGGUCGGGGGUCUGGGUUGUCAGGGGGUGGCUGUCGAGGUCCCCCAGUAUGUUCUGUGAACACAAUAAACUUGAUUUCAUGUCA